AUGCAGGGUACAACCAGGACCCCUCAUAUGAUGCAGGGUACAACCAGGACCUCUCGUAUGAUGCAGGGUACAACCAGGAUCCCUCACAUGAUGCAGGGUACAACCAGGACCCCUCAUAUGAUGCAGGGUACAACCAGGACCCCCUCGCAUGAUGCAGGGUACAACCAGGACCCCUCACAUGAUGCAGGGUACAACCAGGACCUCUCACAUGAUGCAAGGUGCAACCAGGACCUCUCACAUGAUGCAGGGUACAACCAGGACCUCUCACAUGAUGCAGGGUACAACCAGGACCUCUCACAUGAUGCAGGGUACAACCAGGACCCCUCACAUGAUGCAGGGUACAACCAGGACCCCUCACAUGAUGCAGGGUACAACCAGGACCUCUCACAUGAUGCAGGGUACAACCAGGACCUCUCACAUGAUGCAGGGUACAACCAGGACCCCUCACAUGAUGCAGGGUACAACCAGGACCUCUCACAUGAUGCAGGGUACAACCAGGACCUCUCACAUGAUGCAGGGUACAACCAGGAUCCCUCACAUGAUGCAGGGUACAACCAGGACCCCUCACAUGAUGCAGGGUACAACCAGGACCUCUCACAUGAUGCAGGGUACAACCAGGACCCCUCACAUGAUGCAGGGUACAACCAGGACCUCUCACAUGAUGCAGGGUACAACCAGGACCUCUCACAUGAUGCAGGGUACAACCAGGACCUCUCACAUGAUGCAGGGUACAACCAGGACCUCUCACAUGAUGCAGGGUACAACCAGGAUCCCUCACAUGAUGCAGGGUACAACCAGGACCCCUCACAUGAUGCAGGGUACAACCAGGACCUCUCACAUGAUGCAGGGUACAACCAGGACCUCUCACAUGAUGCAGGGUACAACCAGGACCCCUCACAUGAUGCAGGGUACAACCAGGACCCCUCACAUGAUGCAGGGUACAACCAGGACCCCUCACAUGAUGCAGGGUACAACCAGGACCUCUCACAUGAUGCAGGGUACAACCAGGACCCCUCACAUGAUGCAGGGUACAACCAGGACCCUCACAUGAUGCAGGGUACAACCAGGACCCCCUCGCAUGAUGCAGGGUACAACCAGGACCUCUCACAUGAUGCAGGGUACAACCAGGACCCCGUCACACGAGGCAUGGUGUAA